ACAAACCAACAACCCCAAAAAGACAUAACCAUAGCUAAAUGACAUUAAAACAAUAAAACUGGAAGAAAACGUUCGAUUUCUUUAAUAAAAACACGAAGGUUUCUCCUUCCGUGACUGUCACUUUAAGAACAUGACGUCACGACGUAAUCACAUGACCCGGAAGUAGAGGAUUGAACGUGCACUUUGUUGUGUUUACGUGCAUCAAGCGGGCUACUCGAAAACACAAACCGUCCACUUGAUUUUUGCCGCCGUUAUUGCGUUAUUUCUUCACAACCGAUAACUGAUAAGUAUUUUUUAACCUCUUACGUGUAAUUGAAGGGAAAUUCUCACAAUUACACCGUUACGUUUUUAAUGUCAGAAAUGAAGCGCCUUUUAUUCAUAGCUUCGUAACAUCUCUUUGGAACAAAAAAACUCGGAAAAUACAGCUUUUCAGUUCGUUUAUAAAGCGAGUUAUUCAUAGAAGUAGCAUUAAAAUGAAGCAAGACGCUGAUGCUACCGUAGUCCCCGCUUGUUUCAUAUCAAACCAUGAAGGAUUUCACGGAAACAUUAAAAAGUUCAUCCGAGACUUCGUGGUGACCGAAAUCGACGUAAAUGGACGGCAGGUGAACAUAGAAACAGACGUGCAGGCUCCUCACUGCUCGGAUAAGACGAGCGCGGAAUGUAAGCAUGACCAGAACCUUCAAGGUUUGGAGGACUGCGACAUCUCCACCGACUGCAGGUUCGAUUUGACCAUGUCCAGCCCAGACAGUUUGGACUUGAGCAUGGUUUUGGGUCAGGCGGUGAGCGAGAAGCUGGAGCAGUUUGUGGUGAGUCUCCGCGAUGAGGUGGAGGACAGUGAAAAGUCGGGCCACAAGGAGCUUUCACUAGGUUCCUUCACCGACAAGUACCAGAGAGCCAACGUGCACCGGGCCGUCCGACACAGCUUCCCGUUCUUGAUGACUGUCACCAUCCAACCGGAGAUAAGAGUUCGUGAAGACCCGGACUACAGGGAGCUCUCCCAGCUUGUCACCGAGGAGGAAGCGGAGGACUUCUUCAGGUUCAUCGAUGCCAAAGUGCAAGAUUCGUCCUACACGUUUCACCCGGACGACAACAAGGAGCAUCGCACGGCCGUCCAUCACUUCCUCAACCGCAGGUUCGGGAAACUGGUGGAGACCAAAAGCUUCAACGACCAGGACAAGAUGGCCAUCUCGGUGCGAUUGCGGGAGCGGGGUCGACCUAAAAAGAGGAGUUCCGAUGAGCGCAGGGAGGAGGAUGUCUAUACAGCGUUCACUCUAUGUAAGGAGAACUUGGAGACUCUGGAGGCCAUCAGCUACAUGGCGGCAACUCUCGGCGUCCUACCGUCAGACUUCACCUACGCUGGAAUCAAAGACAAACGAGCAGUCACCUACCAGUCCAUGGUGGUCAAGAAGGUCUCGCCUCAACGGUUGACGGAGAAACGGGCAGAAUUUGAGAAGCGAGGGAUGCGUCUGUCCCACAUCCGCUCUGCGUCAGAGCCACUUAAAUUAGGACGACUGCGGGGAAACCACUUUGACUUGGUCGUACGCAACCUGAGGUCGCACGGCGCGAGCGGCACACGCUCCUUCGCCGACACACGACAUCAACUUACCGGCUUGGUGGAAGAGGCGCUGGAGAAUGUCAAGGUGAGAGGUUUUGUCAACUACUACGGGCCGCAGAGGUUCGGAACUGGGCAGAGCGUUCAGUCGGACCUGGUUGGGUUGGCUAUACUCAAAGAAGACAUGGUGGACGCCGUCCGUUUAUUCUUCAGUCCCGAGGACGGCGACGAUCCUCCGAGCAAAGCGAAGAGGCACUUCCUUCAGACCGAUAACGCCAAGGAGUCCUUGGCGUUAAUGCCGGCAUCCAAAGCCAGGGAACGCCUCAUGCUCCGCGCCUUGAACCGCUACGGCACAGGUCCGGAAGGUUGCGCCAAAGCCUGGCUCAGUCUUCCCCAUGGCAUGAGGCUCUUCUACCCGCACGCCUACUGUAGCAGAGUUUGGAAUGAGGCUGUGGCACACCGGUUGGUUACGUUGGGUCACGGCGUACGAAAGGGAGACCUGGUGUGGAUGCGGGAAGUGGACAACGGCGGAGAAUGCAAAGCAGCUCAGAUCCACGUGGUGACAGAACAAGAAGAGGAACAAGGAGUCUACGCGCUAGCUCAGGUGUUGCUCCCCAUGCCAGGAAAUACGGUAAAGUACCCCGAGAACGCCAUGGGCACGUGGUACCGAGAGCGACUUACCAGAGACGGCUUGGAAAACUGCCGCUUCCGAGUGGGUGGUCUCAAACUCAACUUGCCGGGCUGCUACCGCCCUUUGCUAGCCAGUUUGUGCAACCUUAGCUACCGGCUAACCAACGACGACGCGUCAGAGAAGAUGGGAAAUGUCGGAGAAUCGCUCACGCUUACCCUGAAUUUCGAUUUGGACUCCUCAUGCUACGCUACUAUCUGCCUUAGAGAGAUCAUGAAAUGCGAUCCUUAGAUGUUAUUACACUGCCCCCUUUUGAUCGUAGUUGAGUAUCGGCAUUUGCGUAGUCGUGUGCAUAUCUUGUUUGUAUUUGGUGGCAAAAUUGAGAAAUAUAAAAUACUUUGUUUUCUAGAGUUCAAUCCAAUUGAAAAUUUGUGGUGGAAGUUAAAGAAAAUGGUCAAAGCUCAGAAUUAAGUAAGUCGCUCAUUUUUUUUGUUCUUAAUGGUCUGAAAACAUCAACUUCACUGAUGAUGACUGUUUUUUUCAGGUUUUUUUUUGUGUGUUUCCUAAUGCCAGGAAGUUUUCUUUUAAACAGGCAUGAAAAUCUCUCACCUUUCGGCGAAAUUCGCCGUUUUGAAGUCAAAAAGGAUGACCUACGUGAAUCGUGUAGAUCCGAGGAGAAAAUUUUUAAGGGGGGUGGGUCAGGUGUAGGCAUGUGCCGGUUACCUUCAUGGUUUACCAUGCUAUGAAAACGUCGUGGUUACAAAACCACUAAAAUUUUCCUUCAUACAGUAGUACGUAUUCGCUAUUUUUCAUGUGUCAAAACUGCAGCCAGAAGUGGCUUGGCGUGGCAGCGCUUACCCCUUCCCCUGUUUGAUGCUGCGUGUGUCAGUGACGCUAUUACAGCAAACCCAAAAAAAAACACUCCAAACACAAGGCGUACUUUUUUUCAAUUUAUUGAGCUCUCAAAUCGUGGUAACUGAAAUAUACCAAAUGAAUACAUUUAAAACGUUGUACAAUCGUAUUUUUCCACGUGUGAGUAGCUUCAACAGUUUACCUUCAUGAAAAAGUUCGCCAAAAACAAAACACACAUUUUCCUUUCAAAUUCAAUACACAAAGUUACUAAAAACUUACAAAGACGAAUGAUAGGCAAGGCUUAGCUAGGAGAGCAACUUCAUUGAGGUUAAUCACAGCCGCUGAGAGAGAAACAAGUUUGAAUGCAGGGGGUAAAAAAGAGCGUCAAAGAUCGCUAAUUGCGACAGAUGAUCUUGUCCUAAGCACAAAUUCACGUUCGCUGGACGAGGGGAGGUCUCACUCCCAAUUUUUUUUAGAUGAAUGCAUUUGCCAGCACAUUGAAUUUGGUGAGUAUUGGUUUCAAUCGUUUUCAUAUUUUGCGGUAUGACAAAGUUACUGCCGUUCGUUGCAGCUGGCAUUGAACACUGCCAGAGCUAGCCAAAUUGCCGGUGAAAAAAUAGCUGCUGUUAAGUUAGCGUCAAGCUUGUGUAUUUAACUGUAAUAUAAAAGCAGUGUUGUCAGUAACGUGUUAUGUGAGUAAUGCAUAACUGUAAUCUGAUUACUUUCUUUCAGUAAAGAGCAAUCUAACGCGUUCAUUUUUCUAAAUCAUUAAAGUUACUUUCCUUGAUGCCUGUGCGUUAGUUACUAUUUUGUUAUUGCCCCAUAAUGUAUGUAGAAUGAAGAAUACUGUAGUCAUGGGAGUGACAUCACAUGUCACAUUUUCUAAUCGGGGAUGGAAAAAAAAACGGGUCACGUGUAUUACCAUGAUGCGUGAGCCGUGAACGCUGGGAGUUUGCGGCCAAAACAACAUAGCCUUGCUACCUCGCCAGGAUGCAAUGAAAUAGCCAGGAGAUAUACUACAAACGGCUGCAUUUGCACACUGAAAACACAGCCAUUACUUCACAUUUUUGUCCAGUAAAGAUGACAAAAAUAUCUCCGUGCGCUGCGAACUUUGCGCUGGCUCAAAAACACUGUCGACCGCUAAAAGCAUCCAAUUCAAGCACCACUUGGAAUUACAGCACAACAGGUAACAAGACAGCCAGGACUCGUGCUCAAUCCUUGGUUCAAGCUCAGUUGUUGUUGAAGGUUUUGAACGCUUAGGUUUAAAGAAAUUCUAAAUAUCCAUCUUGCCUCCUCAGCUGUAGUUUUGGCUAAGCAAAGCAAACGGCUGUCUCUAAGGUGCUAUAGUCACAUGAUCUGUUCGAAAAAUAAUUUGGACCCAUUAUGAAAUACUUUUAACGAUUUUUGUUCAUUUCAUUUAUUUUUGUUGUUUGUUUUAUUGCUUUAAAACUUUUAUAGACAACAUUUAAUGGCCAUAUUCAAUGGUCUAUACCUAAAGGGGGCGUUCAGAAUUUUUUACAUUAGGCUUAAUCUUUGAGUUAGCCGGGGUUUAAUUAGUCGUUGGAGUUGAUUUGAACAAAUUUUGUGCAGUUUGCAUGUUAUUUGUUAGUUUCAGGGCUCCGGAGUGACUAAGCUAGCGCGAGUCAAUGGUGGUUGAAAUCAACUCCUUCAACUAAUUAAACCCCCGCUAAUUCGAAUAUUAAGCCUUAUGUGAAAAAUUUUAAUUUUCAAAUUCGCCUCAUGUAGGACGUUUCACCGACGGAGGACAUUUUGGCAGAACGCCGGAACAUAUUUCCUCCACACCCUACUCACCUUUUUAACCCCUGACCCAUUUUCAUGCCUGUUUAAAACGCCCUGAACACAACACGUGCUUACUGCAAUGUAAAGCAGGUAGGCAGUUGUGUUAGCAUGCUAACAGUCAGCAAUUCUGGGUCAUUUUUUGGCUAGGGUGCCAAUGUUGAAAUGGAAUUGAAUAGACAUGUAAGCUGUUAUUUUAUGUAUUCACAUUGUUAUUUUAUGUAAUUACACAGUAAUUACAGGGUCUUUUUUUGUAGAGUGCCAUUUUUGUACCCACCAUAUAUGAAGCUGUAUUUUCACUGAAUUUGGAAAAAUAUUCAACUUAUUUAUUUGUGUAGGUACAGGCUACUUAAUUGCAUUUUUUAAAUUUAAUUUACUUCUGGUAAAAGAUUGUUACAGAAUUUUGUUAUGUGUGUUUCAUUCAAAUUCGGAUAGAAGUGGGGGGGGGGGGAAUACUACAAAAUAAUUAUGAUUUUAUUGUGUUGGAUGAACUAUCUUUAAUCAUGUGUUGUUUUUAAAUUCUGAUAUUUAAAAAAGAAAAAAAAAUACUGUUUGUCCCUAUUCUCCACUCUUGUUAAGGUGUGUUAGUGCCGCUAACACACGAGAACAUUUGCGACCCGGAAAUAAAAU